AUGAUUUUUGCCGCUCCUUUACUUAUUCAAUUGUAUUUUAUAGUAUUUCAGAGUUUCAACGACUCCGAAGGUGACAGCGUUCGUUCGUCGACGUCGUCGCAUUUGCAGUCGAGUCCAAAGCAGUCGACCGCAUGGCCACUGGACGACUCAUCCCAGCUGUACGACACGUCCCUGUUCGAAUCCGGUCAUCUGUCGAGCGUCGUACAGGAUCGAAAGAAUUUCGAUGUCUGCUUCGAUCGUCCGGCAAUUCGUCAACCGACACCUCCGUCGACCUCAAACAAACCAUCAACCGAAUACAAUCUGAUACAUGAACUUUUAAAGCUAAACAUCCACCAGCCGACUAUCGGUACUGAUUGGUGUAACUCUGAGACCACCACUAGUGGUGGGCGUUGUGAUACAGGUGUCGCUGCCUAUCGUCCAACACCAAUUCAGAGGCCACAUAUGACUCAGAUAGACUCGUGGACUGCUCCACUGGCUGAGGAUGAUGUGUUCUCACAGAUGAGUAGCAACGAUAUGAGCUAUUUUCUACCACGACUUAGUCAACAAGUACAAAGAGAGGCUGCAUUGCGACGUAACAACGCCGUACUCGAAUCGCAUGCGCGACUGGAGGAAUGUUGUGAAGAGUAUCGUCAGCUUGAGAAAGAGCGAAAGCAAACCGAAGCUGAACUGGCCAGACACAAUCUUGGCAAGAAGAUCAGUUCGUCCAAUGGUCUUCCAAUUCCACGCCUUCCUACGGCACCGUCGCGUGUUGAUCGGCUUAUAGUUGAUUUCUUCCGUGAACAUGCUCGAAUCACCACUCUACUGUCAAAAAUGGAACAACUUCGUGGCGCUCCACUACCCAGUCCUGUUCAUCAAGCACUCAAAGAACUACUUGACGCCGUCACCGUCUUGCAACAUUGUAGACAUCAUGAGCGCACAGCAAUACUACAACAACUUCGUGGCGAAGCUGUGAGAUAUGACGAAGAAAAAGAAACUGCCAGCCUCACACAAGCGCUGAUCGCCGUACGACGAGCAGCAUGCCGUGCACGAGCCGUGAACUGGUGCUCGUUGGUCUGGACCCUUGGUCCGGAAGACGUCGUCCAGAAGUCGCAAGUGGAACGACUCGUCGCCUCGGACUUCAGCGUUGGUCCGCCACCGAUCCGACCACGCCCGCUUAAGAACUAA